AGCCAUGCUGGAAGCCAUUAAAGUUACAGAGCAUCUCCACUGGGCUGAGAAGGACAUGGCUAAGAAGUAUGUAUUGAGUGUCAUAGAGAAGCCUAUAAGUCCAGGUCAGGUGUAUGUGGAACACUGGCCUUCCAGUAUCCUAAAGAACACAUUCUCCAGGAGCUCAGUAUUCCCCCAGAAAGAGGAGGAAAGAGAGGGGAAGAGGCUCAAGCACUCCCCCUACAGACAGUUUAAGAGAGCACAGCGCAUCGUUUCCACACCUACUACGCACAAGGACUCUACGUCCUCGUCUACUACGCAGCCUCUCGUGCUGAUCAGAUCCGGAAACCUAGGCUACGGAGAAAUCAGCCAAUCGCAGCUCUUCCACUGUUUCUGGCCAGGAAACAAUAUAACCAUCAUCGGCAGUCCUGUCGGCCGGUCUCCUCGUCCCGGUAGCCAGCUGUACAGGGCUUCUCAACCUCGAGUCAGGCUCCCGCAGCUUCCUAAAGCCAGGCGAGAUGGAGAGAACUCUACGAAGAAGCUGUGCAUCCUCACUGCCAUUAAACCAUCCAAUGUGGAAAGCGAGAAAUCCAAGUUCUUCAAGUCAGACUUCACAUAUAACCCGCAGUUUGAGUACAGCAACCCAGCAUCACCACAGGUUCUGGAAAAGCACAACAAAGCCUCUGACAGGUUCCUCACGCAGGCAGUGCGCAUCAUGGAGCUGGCUCUGCGCAAGUACGGAAAUUACGAGAAAUUUGAGAAGGCCACCGGAGGUAGCCUGCUGACCAAGAGCCGAAUUUGGGCCCACGUCAAAAAGUACAUGGAGAAGGAAGGCUGUGUCGGAGAGAUAGUGGUGCACCUGACCGAUGACCUGCUAUCUAGAGCCUCCAUGACUGUGGUGAACGGCAGGCCGACCCUCACCGUGAACACCUCCAUGGCCAGGGAGCAGUGGCUCGAAGGCCUGCUGAGACACGAGAUCGGUACUCACUAUUUCCGCAGCAUCAAUAACACCCAGCAGCCGUGGAGCAGCGGAGCUGAGAGGAAGAAGCUCGGACUGAAGCCGGUCAACCCGACGGAAGAGGGCCUGGCCAGCAUCAACAGUGUGCUGUUCCGCAGAGACCCCAGGCUUUGGCGUGCUGCUCUGCUCUACUACACCGUCCACCAGGCGGCGCACAUGUCCUUCACGCAGCUCUUUCACGAGCUCGCACGCUUCGUCCACGAUCCCGGGACACGCUGGGAAUACUGUGUACGGGCUAAACGCGGCCAGACCGACACCUCAAAGCCUGGAUGCUUCAAUAAGGAUCAGGUUUAUCUGGACGGCGUCCUGAAGAUCCUCAGGCACAGAGAGAAGAUCGACUUCCAGAUCCUCACUGCACUCGGAAAGGUGUCCUACGAGGAUGUGGAGCGGCUGAAGAGCCUGGCUGUGAUGGAGAGGGUGCGAAUCCCACAUUUCCUGCAGGACCAGGCACGUUACGCCGAGCAGCUCCAGAAGAUCAUGGUGGUCAACCAGCUGACUGACGAAGAGCUCCAAACGAUCCUCUGAGCAAACUCGCAUGCUAGUGUGACCAACCCAAUCAUGAUGCUCACGAAACCCAAGUGUUUUUUAAUCUGUUCAGAGAUAGUCUAUAUUUUUCUAAAGAUGGUUUUCAGGAUCACUGAUAAGAGAAAAAGGCAUACCAGGAAAAACAUAAACCCACCUCAGUGUGCCACCUACCUGCUGUUAUCACAAAUGAUCUUUUUUUUUUUUUGGCCAGAAGAACGAUACACCUGCCACCAAGCUCACGCCAGUUUUGGGGACAUGUCCCAAAUGCUAGGAUUUAUUUUGCACUACACUCUCAGCCAUUUUAGGAACAUCCCCAAGUGUGUUCUAGUCAGAACAUUUUGCUUUUCAAGUCACAAGCAUGUGUCAGAAACGUCCGCAAGUUAUAUUAUAGAACUUAGUAAUAGGUAUGACAUAUAGUUCCAGGUCAUAUAUGAUCAGUGUAUAGUCCUGCAUGCUCUGGCAGACUUUAGGUAAGUGUUUAGAGUUGUGUGAAGAACUAAUACAGUUUUGUUAACGGUGUCUUCUGGGUAAAUAAACCAUACGAAAGUAUAUGAAUUUUGGCAGGUUAGUGGUUAUAUAUACAAACUCACCUGGAGGGGUGUGUAUAUGGUGGCAUGUUGGGUUGAGGGUUCGAUUUCCUGUGCUUCUGUAGGUGUGGAGUUUGCAUGUUCUGCUUGUGCUUGGUGAGUUUCCUCCCACAGUCCAAAGACAUGUAGAUUAGGUUGACUACUUGGUGUGCCUUGUGUAUGCGUGUGCGUGCCCUGUGAUGGAUUGAUACCCUAUUCAGGGUAUACCUUGCCAAGUGCCCUAAAUCUCCUGGCAUAGGCUCCAGGCUCCCUGCGACCCUGUAUAGAAUAAGUGGUAUAGAAGAUGGUAGAGGAUAAAGUAUAUAAACUGUCUAUACAGUACAUCUGUAUACGUGUGUGUUGACUGUAGGUCCUCCCACAAUAGUAAAAUGGGGGAAUAAAUCAGUGGUAGUCACCAUUAUCCUUUUUUGGUGUUGUAACACUGAGAAUAAGACCAAACUACAGGGAAGAUUAGCAUUAUCUUUAGAUAUGUGUUGGUGAAUUAUGAGGAAGAAGCUCCAUAUGACCCUAAUUACACUGUAACCAUUGGACUCCAGUGAGGUUGACGAGCGUUACCGUGAGACAAACUCAUGAACGGCAUUAAAAUAUUUCAACCUUCAACGUAUCACAAGGUGUUUAGGAGUAAAUACGAACA